UAUAGUGCUUGCAUAAAAGUGCUAACAUUUCUCAACAAUGUUUGUGAAGGACCCCGCAUUUGUUGUGUUUUUGAGGAGAAAAGUUUCCAAACAAGAAAAUAUCUUGCGUUGAGCGUGCGACGGGAAUAGUGGUUGCCUAGGAAACGGAUAAACAUACACGAAUUGGUUGGUACGCACCCAUCCGGUCCCGUUUUGCUGGAGACUAGUUGCAAGGGUUCGUUUUUCCGUAAUGGUCGACCUGGUCGUUUCCGCGCUGUACGUUUGCGUUAAUUCUGAAGAGCGUAAUCAACCAUAUAACAAUAAAAAGUUUUGCAUUGACUGGACGUUUUCCGAGCGAUGCAAACACAGUUGCACCCAAUAUUUAUGAACCACUGAGCGAAUAAAUUGGUGUCUUGUUAGUGAUACAGUGAAAAAAGGUCAGUUACAAGAGUACGGAAAUGGUCGAAAAACUAUAACUACUUUACGUAGUACGAUGAUGGCCGCUGGUGAUUCUUUGCCACUGCGACAACGAACGGAAAUGGUGGUACUUUAGUGUAAUAUCAAUGGUGAACUUAAAGUUUUCUCUACUACCAGUGUUAGUGAGUUCAUGGUAAGCAGAAAAAAGUGAAAAACAGAACAUGAAAAUUAUAUUCCUAGUGGUUGUGUGUUGUUUGGUAAUGGUUUAAUGUUUGGAGGUAACGCGGUUGAUUCCUGUGCAACAUCUUUUAUUUGGAAUGUGACGGUAGCGAGUAGCGAGUAGAACAACGGUUUUACAGCAAGACACGGUCUAGCCAUGAAUCGAUACCUGACGCUAAGUCAACUGGGAGACGGUACGUACGGUACCGUUGUCCUUGGCCAGCGGAAGGACACCGGCGAAAAGGUCGCCAUCAAGCGCAUGAAGCGGAAAUAUUACUCUUGGGAGGAAGCUAUGAGUCUAAGGGAGGUGAAGUCGCUGAAAAAACUUUCCCAUGCCAAUGUGGUAAAGCUGAAGGAAGUGAUACGGGAAAACGAUGUGCUGUACUUUGUGUUCGAGUACAUGCAGGAGAACCUGUACCAGCUGAUUAAGGAUCGUGAUACCCAUUUCCCGGAGGCCACCGUAAGACUGAUACUGCAGCAAAUACUGACCGGGUUGGCGUUUAUGCACCGGCACGGUUUCUUCCAUCGUGACUUAAAGCCAGAGAACGUGCUAUGCAGUGGACCGGAAACGGUUAAAAUAGCCGACUUUGGGCUUGCUCGAGAAAUACGCUCCCGGCCACCAUACACAGACUACGUUUCUACCAGAUGGUAUCGUGCACCAGAAGUGCUUCUACAUUCAACACGCUAUGGGAGUUCCAUAGAUCUAUGGGCAGUCGGAUGUAUAAUGGCCGAAUUAUACACCUUUCGGCCAUUAUUUCCUGGCUCUAGCGAAGUGGAUCAGUUGUUUAAGAUAUGUUCUGUGCUAGGCACACCGGACAAGUCGGAUUGGCCCGACGGUCAUAAACUUGCCGCAACUAUACAGUUCCGGUUUCCGGAGUGUCCAAAAAUACCAUUAGCCACCCUAGUAACACGUGCCAGUGCUGCAGGCAUACAGCUGCUAGAAGAUUUGCUUCAAUGGGAACCGGAGAAGCGACCAACCGCGCAGCAAUCGAUGAAAUAUCCAUACUUUAGCACAGUGAAGUCGCGAAACUCAGCAAAUAUCACAACAAACAGUUUAACUCAGCACAAUCAACCUCUUAAUGGUAACGCAAACGGUGGUCCGGCGGCCGGUGUACCAAAUGCUCGAUUAUCAAUCAUGGAACUAGCCACCAACUCGAGGAAUUCGCGCGAUGCAAAUGGCACUAAUGGCAACUUCAAUCCGAUUAGCCACAACGAACUGAACGAUUUGAACUCUAUGUUAAGCCUAUCACGCGUGUCGGAAUCUACCGUCGACCGGACGACUCAGCAAACACAGCCAACUCAAGCAAGUCUGCAGGUAUUCACCGAAGAUGAGAAGGAAACUGGUAAGCUUCAGAGUGGUAUAAACUACAGCCUGCUGAACGAGAUGCUCAACGGCUACAGUGUGGGAAUCGGACCUUCAGUUCAAUCAAAUGGCCAAGGUAUGACGCGAAUACUCCGCAAUGGUCCAUCGAACACGUACUCCAAGCCUAAUGGUGCUUAUGAAGCUAGUAACAUUGCGGGCGAGAUCGAUAAGGUUCCGAAUGACAAGAGCACGGGAUCCGUUGUCAGUUACGCUAUUAUUAAACCCGCAGUUGUGCGUAUUGAUAACAACCGGUUGGCGGAUGUACCGGUACCGCUGGCAGAUGGAAUCGGGGGCAAAAAAGAAAAGGUAAACGAUAUAUUCGUGACACGUAACACUGACUAUAAACACCAUCCGAGCGGAUAUGGAGCUACGAAGGCAAGCGGACAUCGAACGCUUCCGGUUAUCGAUAGUGACGAUUCAAGCUACUUCGGAAGCGGGUUUUAUCUGCAUAAGAAAAAUUCUGGUCAGAUGUUGAAAAAUGGAUCCACAGCGUUGAGCAUCGGGGGUGGUAGUGACGGCGGCGGUGUGGGAGCUAAUCGGAGAGCGGGUGGAGGAGGAGUGUUCAAUGGAGGCUUUCUGAACGAUACCAAGGUGUAUAACGCAUUUUCUAAACAACCUAUGCUUAUGACUCGAAAAACGGAUGAAGAUCUUAAAGCUUACCGAAAUCGAAACGGACCAAUAGAUCGUGCGAUUCAUGGACAUUUUAGCAAGAGCUGGGAACCAACACACCAUCUUGGUGAAAGGCAUGAGGAUGACUCGCUGGAAGAUAUUUUGGGAAGCCGAAUAAAAGCAGCAAAGAAACCAGCGAAUGACUUUAAGCUAGAGGACCUUUUCGGAGCGUUAUCAUUCAGCAAAGAUUCCACAACGGCAAAGUACCCAAACACGGUUCCAUUUGCCAAGAGCUCUACCAAAAAUAUAGGCGCCAGUGGAACGAUAGCGGACAUAUUCGACAAUUCUGAUGGUAAACCUUCCCAUUCUAGCGCUAAUGUGGUGCCACGGCGAAAAAAUCAACAGCAAGUGUUCGUUUCAGACACUAGUAACUUAAGCACCGAUAAGUUUAGUGGUAUUAAUGCAUCGUUUAAAUUGUUCCCCUGGGAUGAUAUACCGAAAAAUGGUGUUGAAAAGAAACAAUGGAUUCCUGACAACGAGGUAUUAACGUACGUUGGCGCUGGGAAUGAGCACACAGGAAGAACGGAUUGGGCCGCUAAGUACCUGAGCAAAUAAGGAAUGUUGCCAGUUGCAAGUCGCAUAGCAUUAUAGGAUUCGUUCUUGUUCUGUGUAGCAACCUAUCUGUGAUAGAUCAGCGUAACUUUAGACAAUUUGUGGCAGUUGUUAUGAUGUUAGUUUGUUUAAUUUUUGUUCAAGGUUAUAGAUGUACGCUCUGUAAAAUAAUGACUAUUGAAUAUUUUCAGUUCGCUGAUUGGACUAGUUGGUAGAUCGAAUAAAAAGCAACUUUUCAUAAAUUGUUUCA